AUGCCUCCUCGCAAAGGAAUAGUCAAGUCAGGAAAUGCUGGGAAUUCCUCAAAAUCUAGCGGAAAGGAGACGAUUGCGGCUGGACGAGCUCCCGAAGCUGCAGCUUUGAGCGAAAAAUCACUUUUUCCUCCAGGCUCCAAAUAUCCUGCCAGUUUAUUGCAUGAGCGAUGCCAGAAAAAUGGAUGGGAGAAACCGAUCAUAGAUAUUAGAAAGAAUGCCGCUGGAUGGUUCUUUGUCGUUACGCUUAGCAGAUAUAACAAAAAGAGAGAGAAAGAAUCUGUCCGCUUCGAACCCCAUCCCCCAUAUUUUCGUCCGUCUCCGCUCGAAGCCCGCCACUGGGGUGCUACUUAUGCUUUAUACCGAUUCUCGAAUUCCCUUCAACUAAAUCGUGUUUUACCGCGAGGUCCCUCUGACUAUUGGAACGAGUUGGCGGCGGAACAUAAGCAAGCUCCAGAGCAUAUGGAUUGGAUGUACAAUGCGGAUCCCUUUGCUGCACGGAAACAAGUCGAUGAGAGACAGGCACGAGCCGCUGAAAAACGUGCACAGACGGUAUCAAGUGCGGAGUCGGGUGAGAAUUCCCGCAAAGGUGCUGCCUCAGCUUCUGGUGAAUUUUCCCAAGCGCCAGAGGUUAGAAUGGCAUUAGCUCUACGUGAUCAAGUUGAAGAGGCUGUGAAGCAGGGAUUAUCCAUGUUUUCUGGAUAUGAUACGACAAGAACAGAAGAACCCUUGACAAUAGACGCAGAUAAUGCCGAAAAUAUUAUGCAACAAUUGACGCAUCUUGGGUUCAAGUCUGCUCAGGCUCGAAAGACAGUUGAAUUUUUGUCGAAGCCUUCACCUAUGACAGAGAGAUUAUUGAGCAUGCUCUCACCCCUCGACGCUUCUAUCGAGUACCUAGUCCUUCAUUUACCAGAAGAGGCUCUGCCUGAGCGUUUCCUUCCAUCCAUCAAUUCAUCUAAUCCCUUUGUCACCGGAGUGCAUUCUGGUCGUGACAACCUGAAGGCUCGCUGGACGGCUGAGAGAGCCAUCAAGGAGGCUGGAUGGCCUGUACACCUCGUUAAAGAGUUCAUGGAUGCCCAAUAUAUAGACGACUGGAAUUCUCUGAUCGCAAUGCUCGGGAAAAAACUCAUCGGCGACGAUAGCCCAGUUGACAAGGCGGACGAAAAUGACGAGUGCUUCCCUAUUGAUGCACAAGAGGCGGAAGCAUUCGGGGGACAUUUUGAAGAUCCUAACCACCUUGUUAUGCCCAUGUUCAGUGCGCCAGUGACAUUACAUGUUCUGUUCUUGAGCGGAUCGUAUCCCCGUCGUGCAUACGCCCCGAUGUAUAUUACAGGGCCCUCGAUACCAGGCUAUGUCCGGCUCCACCUGUUAUCUUGCCUUCUCUUGGCCGUCAAGGAUCCAGAAUUUCUACAGGACGAUGAAGGAUUCUGCUCUGCUGCAAUGCGGUGCUUAGAAGACGUAUGGGCGAAAGUUGAAGAUCAAGGACCUCCUGAUUUGCUCGAGGUUUUGCAACAUGUCAUUCCUUCACCUAUCACCUCCUCCAAACCUACAGCAGUUCCAGCGAAUACGCCAGUAAGAACGAAAAAGGAAAUUGAGCACAAUACAAAGAAGCGAGACACGAGAAGUAGUGAGCAAAUCAAAGUAGAUUUUGACCAGAUCUGCCAGAGUGAAAAGUAUUGCCAAAUACUUUCUGAACGAAAAAAAUUGCCCUCUUUCUCAGUCGAAGCGCAAUUCUUGAAUUUACUUGAGUCAAACCAAGUCGUAGUGGUAGUGGGAGAAACAGGUUGCGGGAAAACUACUCAGUUACCUCAGUUCAUUCUUGACUCGUUGAUCAAGUCGCACGAAGGCUCCGGCGCUUCCAUUUUGGUAACUCAGCCUCGAAGGUUAUCGGCGAUCGGAGUGGCCAAACGAGUUUCUGCAGAGCGAUUGGAUGAUGGCUCCGUUGGAUACGCUAUACGCGGGGAAAGCAAUUGGUCUCAAAAAACCAAACUGCUGUUUUGUACUACCGGAGUGGUAUUGCGCCGUCUGAGCUUAGGCGAUAGACUGGAGGAUGUGACACAUAUUGUAGUAGACGAGGUUCACGAGCGCUCUGUUGAUGGCGACUUUCUUCUUUUGGAGCUGAAGGAAUUACUCAAGCGCAAAUCACGAAUCAAAGUCAUACUUAUGUCCGCAACUAUCAAUCAUGAAAUCUUCAUACGGUACUUCGACGGAGCACCGCUUAUCACUAUACCUGGCUUUACCCACCCAGUUACAGACAGAUAUCUGGAAGACUUUAUACAAGAGCUAGAUUACCAGCCUCAGUCUGCUGGAAGGCACAUGAAAGGGGCGGACAAGAUUCGGGAUUUUGAUGAGGACGAGGACGCGAAGUCACUAGGUUUAAACAAGAAAAGUAUUUCCGUGCUUCAAACACUUACUCGCUCCAAUUCCAUUGAUUACCGGCUUAUAGCUGCUCUCGCGAGCCACAUAAAGGCAACCUCUCAGAAGCGCGGUGGAAUACUCAUAUUCCUUCCAGGCGUACAAGAAAUACGCCAAUGCAUAGAUGCUUUACUUGGAGAGUCUAUGAAAGAUGAUGCGUUAUUACUGCCCCUGCAUGCGAAUCUAUCAAGUGCGGAACAAAUGAAGGUCUUCGUAAGAACCUCGAAGUGGAAAAUAAUUGUCGCAACCAACGUAGCAGAGACCUCCAUCACAAUUGACGAUAUACUCUAUGUGGUAGACGUGGGGAAAGUUAAAGAGGUUCAAUAUGAUCCAGAGGCCAAUAUCUCGAAAUUAGUUGAGACAUGGGUCACUCGAGCCGCUGCCCGACAAAGAAGGGGCCGAGCGGGACGUACACAACCGGGUACUUGCUACAAACUCUACACACGAAAACAGGAGGAAAACAUGGCAAAGUAUGCAGUUCCCGAAAUUCUUCGUGUACCGCUUGAGGCUGUUUCGCUGGCCGUCAGAGUCAUGCGUCCAGAAGGGGAUGUUAAGCAUUACCUUGCACAAGCUAUCGACUCCCCGGAAACGAACGCAAUGGAUACGGCUUGGUCGACAUUGAAAGAGUUGGGUGCUCUGGAUGAACAAGGGAUGCUAACACCGCUGGGGCACCAUAUUUCUAUGCUUCCAAUCGAUAUACGAUUAGCCAAGAUGCUCAUCCUUGGCACCAUCUUUCGUUGUCUCGGCCCCAUGCUCACUAUCGCAGCUUGUUUAUCAUCAAAGCCUCUCUUCGUUAGCCCAAUGGAUAAAAGGGAGGACGCUGCUCAAGCUCGAGCUCAAUUUUCCAAAGGUAAUAGCGAUCUGCUAACCGACAUGAAUGCAUUCAAUGAAUGCUUGCGCCUGACCUCUGGUGGAAAAUCGCAGAGUGCUGUGAGACAGUUCUGUGAAAAGGCAAGUGAAAUAAAUGCAAAUUUUAUCUCUCAAUCAACAUUACGAGAAAUUUCAACCCUUCGCCGUGAUUAUCUAGGUCCUCUUGUAGCUAUAGGCUUUGUCCCUUUUGACUCCACACCUAGUUCCCCAGGGCUGAACGUCAAUAGCUCUGAGGAGAAUUUGUUAAAAGCUCUGAUUCUAGGAGGGCUAUGGCCUAGAGUUGCUCGUGUUCAUCUUCCAAAAUCAGCCAUCAAAUUUGACAAAGUGCAAGGUGGAACGGUACAACGAGAAAACACUGCAAAGGAGUUCAAAAUAUUUGACAUCCAAGAAGGAAGGGUAUUCCUUCACCCUUCAAGCGUGCUUUUUGGACAUGCGAGUUGGAAAUCGCCGUUUAUUGCUUACUUCCAGAAAUCCCUGACCACCAAGAUUUUUCUAAGGGAUGUGACAGAGGUUCCAAUCUGGAGUAUCCUAUUGUUUGGUGGACCGAUAUCAAUCAAUCAUGUCAGCGGUGGAUUGACUGUAAGCACGAGAGACAGCACGGUCAAGAUCAGAGCUUGGCCCCGCAUAGGAAUAUUAGUGAAUCACAUACGACACCUUUUGGAAGCGAAACUUCGAAAGUGCAUAGAAGAUGGGACCAUGCUCAAUGAAGGGUAUGAUGAACCGACCAUUGGCGCAAUAUUGAUGUUACUCAAAAACGAUGGAAUGUCUGAUUAG